UUCUUGUACAAAACCGAGUAAAAGAACAAAACAACUAUGGCUCACCACAUGUUUUUCCUCUCUUUCCUAGUAACCCUAGUCAUAGCCACGCAAGGCAUUUAUGCAGUUGAAUAUGUUGUCACCAACACCGCCAGGAACACUCCUGGUGGAGUUCGUUUCAACAAUGAGAUUGGGUCUGAAUACAGUAAGCAAACGUUGAUUUCUGCCACAAAUUUCAUAUGGAGCCUCUUCCAACAAAACAAUGCUGCGGACAGAAAGAACGUGCCCAAAGUGAGCUUGUUCAUUGAUGACAGGGAUGGAGUUGCAUUUACUAGCAACAACGAGAUCCAUGUUAGUGCAAGGUACAUCAAUGGCUAUUCUGGAAAUGUGAAAACCGAAAUCACUGGAGUUUUAUACCAUGAAAGUACACACAUAUGGCAAUGGAAUGGAAAUGGACAAAGUACUCCAGGAGGAUUAAUUGAAGGAAUUGCUGAUUAUGUGAGGUUGAAGGCAGGGUAUGCACCUAGCCACUGGGUGAAGCCUGGGCAAGGUGAUAGAUGGGAUCAAGGCUACGAUGUUACAGCUCGAUUUUUGGACUAUUGCAAUAGUCUUAGAAAUGGGUUUGUAGCUGAAUUGAAUAAGAAAUUGAGGAAUGGUUAUAGUGCUAAUUUUUUUGUUGAACUGCUAGGGAAGAAUGUUGAUCAGCUCUGGAAAGACUACAAAGCCAAGUAUGCAAAAUAAGGGUGCUGAUUGAGAGCAAAUCUAUAUGAAUAAAAUGUUGUAUCAUGGAAUUACAUAAAACAUGAGAUAAAUAAAUGUGCUUGGAUUAUUACUUAUA